UAGCACGGGCUGCUGCUGGGUAAACAUGGCGGAUGAGGAUCCAAACGCAAAAGUUGAAUGUGAAGAUACUUCUGCAGAAGAAGAAGGAGCAGAGACGACGGAACGAGGACAGAAUGAUGUGUCUAAUAGCACUGACUCGGUUCGGACGGACAGACCGGCAGACACUUCCUGGUCGGCGCCGAUUUUGUCGUUCGCUCGUAAAGCGACGGAGACGCUGAGCAGCGGGGUGAAUAACUACAGCGCUGGAUCACAACAACACAACAACAGCUCUGAUCACGACAAAUCACCAGCUAUGAAGGAUCCAAUGGCAGUGGAGAGGUCAAAUCUCCUCAGCAUGAUGAAGCUCAGCAUUAAGGUUCUGAUCCAGUCAUCCCUGAGUCUCGGACGGACGCUCGACUCGGAGUAUCCACCCUUACAGCAGUUCUUUGUGGUUCUGGAGCACUGCCUUAAACAUGGUUUGAAAGCGAGGAAAUCAUUUAUUGGUCCGAAUAAAUCGAUCUGGGCUCCUCUAGAGCUAAUAGAGAAACUUUGCCCCGAGUCUGCCGACAUCGCCACCAGUGUACGGGAUAUGCCUGGACUCAAGACAGGACUCGGACGAGCUCGAGCGUGGCUGCAUUUGGCUCUAAUGCAGAAAAAAAUUGCAGACUACCUGAAAGUUUUUAUAAAUAGGCGAGACCUUCUUGGAGAGUUUUAUGAGCCCGGGUCUCUUAUAAUGGAAGAGGAAGGGGCUGUGAUCAUAGGCAUGCUAGUGGGCCUCAAUGUGAUCGAUGCCAAUUUGUGUGUUAAAGGAGAAGAUCUGGAUUCUCAGGUGUGCGUCAUUGAUUUCUCAUUGUACCUGAAAGAUCCGCAGGCAACUGAGACCAAACAGGAUGAUGCAAAAAUGACAGCCAUCCUUGACCAGAAGCACUACAUUGAAGAGCUGAACCGUCAUCUGAGCUGCACGGUGACAGAUCUUCAGGCUAAGAUGGACUCUUUGGAAAAGACCAACUCUAAACUCAUCGAGGAGCUUACAGCGGCCACAGACCGAAUCAAUGCUUUGCGUGAGGAGCAGGAGGAGCUUAGAAAGGAGAAUGAAAAUAUUCUCCAGAGCAGCCAGAGAAAAGAGGAGGUGACUCUCCAGGACAGCCAAGUGGAGUUGGAAACAUAUCGACAGACACGGCAAGGUUUGGAUGAAAUGUACAAUGUUGUCUGGAAGCAGUACAAGGAGGAGAAACGAAUCCGGCAGGAGCUGCAAAAAGAGCUGGAACUACAGAUGGGUCUCAAGCAGGAAAUGGAAGUGGCCAUGAAACUCCUGGAAAAGGACAUUCACGAGAAACAUGACACGCUGGCUGCACUGCGACAACAGCUGGACCAGGUGAAGAACAUCAACUUACAGAUGUUCAACAAGGCACAGGAGUCUGACCGAGUGUCUCAGAAAAAAGAAGAGGAGAAACUACAAAUCGAAAAGAAGUUGAUUCAGAUGGAGGUGACCAUGAAAGAACUGGAGCAGAGGCUACAAAAUUCUGAGAAUUUCCGCAAGAACACGGACGAAAGCCAGAAUGAGCUGAGGUCAGAAAUGAAAGGGAAAAUAAACGGUCUGCAGAAGCGUCUCGCUGACCUGGACACGCUCAGGGCCGGACUGGAAUCGGAGCUGAGCAAUGAGAAGGAACAGCGCCAAAACAUGCAGAAAGAGCUGCAGAGAGAACAAGACAACAGCGCAGAGCUGCGCACACAACUGCAGCAGCUGCAGGGCCUGCAGACGGAACUGCUUGAACUACGGCAGGAGAAGAAGCAACUUCAACAGCUUUGUGAAGAGCAGGAACAAGCCCUGCAGGAGAUGGGUCUUCAUCUUAGCCAGUCCAAACUCAAGAUGGAGGACUUUAAAGAGGUCAACAAAGCAUUGAAGGGUCAUGCCUGGCUAAAGGACGAUGAAGCCACACAGUGCAAACAAUGCCAGAAAGAAUUUUCAAUCGCACGGAGGAAACACCAUUGCAGGAACUGUGGAGAUAUUUACUGCAGCAAUUGCUCCAGUAAUGAGCUCGCUCUGCCUUCGUACCCCAGACCGGUGCGCGUCUGUGACGUCUGUCAUUCUCUUCUGCUCCAGAGAAGCUCCAUCGGGUCCUGACGACACUCACAACAUCUGCUGAUCAUGUGCGUGCGGGCUACAGGCCUUUGUAAUGCGAUUUAGAUUUGUACUUAACCAAUUUACGCAUUACCUUAAUUUGUUGUAGCUUAUUUGGCUUCUUUCUGAUUAAAAUCUUUCAUUGAUAUAAAAUCAUACGCAGAGUUUCUCUGCAGAUUUUUAGCCAAUCAGCAACGGUAACAUUAAGAUAAACUAUUGUAUUUUAAUUGAUAGUCUCCAUUUUAGGGAGAACUAAUACAUCUGAGCCUUUCAAGCAUUCACUAUUUGUGGAUACAGAGGAUUUAUAUGCUUUUUGAUCUUUAGUCCCAUCUUCUGUUGUUGAAAUAUUGUCACUGUUUUAUAAAUUCUGAUUAGGGAAUUAUGACCUCAAAUACAGGUGUUUUUGUUUA